ACUUAAAAAUCUCAUUCGCCAGUUUUGCUUACAUGGCAUUUAAAUUAUUUAAUUCUAAAAGAAAUUAAUAAUCUCCUAUUUAAUUGACUACUACUAAGAUUUAUAAUACUACAUGGCGCACUGAGAAAAUUAGAUCCUAUGUGGCCUUCUAAAAACUCGGGAAAAAACUCCACUUUAUAUUAAAAAAAAAACACAAAAUCCUCGAAAAAAAAAACCCGAGAAAACUCAAAAUUUUAAAAAAAAAAAAAUUCGAAAAAAAAACACAUGCAUGUACCCAGAAAAAACGAUUAAUUAAACCCAAAAUUAAAACGCAUAAAAAAUGAAAAAAAAUUGAAGUAAAUACAAAACCGAUUAAAUUCGGAUAAUUAUACCCCGAAAAAUUGAGAAAAACUCGAAUCAAAAUCCAAUAAUCAAUUAAGUAAACCCAGAAAAAUCGAUUUAAAUCCAAAAUCAAACCCAAAAUUAAAUCCAACAAAAUCGAUUAAAAUUUAAUUAAACCCAUAAAUUAAACCAUAAUCUUAAAUAAUUAUACCCAGAAAUUGUUGUUGUUGUCGGUGGGCAUUGCGGCGGUGGUCAAACUUUGUGGUGGUGGUGGCGGUUUUGCGGCAGUGGCUUUGCGACAGUGAUGAUGUGGUAGUGGUGGGCUUUGUGGCGGUGGUCGAAUUUGUGGUGGUGAAGAUGGAAGGCAGAGAGAGAAGAUCGAAGAAGGGAGAGGAGAUGAAAGAAGAUCGACGAAAAGAAAGAGAGAGGAGAUCGAAGAAGGGAGAGGAGAUGAGAGGAGAGAGAAGGGAGAGGAAAGAGAGGGAGAUCAGAUUAGAGGAAAUGAAAUGGAGGCGGAGAAAGAGAAGCUAAGUUAGGGUUUUAUGUAAAAAAAGUUAGAGUUUUAUUAUGUUCUAGAAGCAGAGAUGAAAGAAGACCGGGUUUUUUUUUAACCUUUUGCCACUGGUUCGGUUUGAACCGGUGCCAAUACUCUACUCUUAAAACCCCGCCCAUUUUCCCCCUUUUUAGUUGGUGCCUAUAUCUCGGUGCCAAUUACCAUUUUUCUACUAGUGAUACUACCUCCGUUUCUUUUUAAUUAACAUGUAUUUCUUUUUAGGAAGUUUUUUUUAGUUGACACGUUUCCUUUUGGGGUAACUUUCUUACCUUGCAUUCACAAGCUACCCCACUUGUUUUAUCAUUCUCUCUCACUAUCUCUCCUCUCCUUAAUAUAUGUGCCUAAAUCAAACGCGUCAACUAAAUAGAAACGGAGGAAGUAUGUGUGGAUGUCGGUUGUUUUUGUUGUUGGUGUUGAGGUUUAUGGCAAUGGUGUUGUUGAGGUUGUCGUCUGUGGUUGUCAGUUGUUUUUGUUGAUGGAGGUAGUUUGACAGGUGGUUGUUUAUGAGGUACCUAAGGUUGAAGACGGUGGUUUAAGAGGUUGGGUUAGCUUCGAUGUGGGUUUUUGGUGGUUAUGGUGGAGUGGGUAAGAGGUGAAUGUCAAGAUCUAGUGGUGGUGGGGUGGGUAAGGCGGUUUCGAUGGCUAGGGUGGGUGGGAGUUAGGCAUUCUGGCGGGGCUUAGUUGGAGAGUGGUUUUAAGAGGUUACGUGCCUCACAUAUGGUCAGGUCAACGUCGAGAAACAGGGUCAAACCCUCUUUUUCGGCCAAAGGUGUGAUGUUGCAAAAAAAAAAUUAAUUAAGGGGUGUCUUUGCAAAAUAAAUUUUAUAAGGUGGUUCAAAAAUUUGGUUAUAAAAGGUGGUUUGUUGCAAAAUUUCUUUUUUUUUUAUUAAGAGAGAGAAAUUGAGUUUUACAGAGAGAGAAGUGGUAAAUUUUAAAUUUCGAAGUGAUUUAAUGUUAUUACAGAGUUGAUUUUAUCAUUUCGACGAAUCAUUUAAUUGAAAGCUGACAAAUUCGUUUUGAAAGAAAAUAUAUUUCUGUUUUUUUUUUAAUCUAAUUUUCAAUUUUGGUGUUAUUUUCUAAGGUUGAAGAUGAUGUUCUUCAUAUUCUAAUGAAUGUUCUUUUAUCAUUUUAUAAUUGCCAUGAAAUAUGUGUUUUUUGAGUCAAAACUAUAUGUUCUUUAUAUUAGAAACAAUGUUCGUUCUUUAAGGUUCAUAAAUUAAUCAUGUUCUUUAGGUAUAUAAUACAAAUUAUGUUCUUUUUACUUAUACAAUAUGUUCUUAUAUUGUGAAUUUUUGAAAUUUAAGAAUAAAGUUUUGAAUUAUAUUUGGGAAAAUUUGAUAAUUACCACCAACUAUUGUUGCCAAAAUUGAAAAUACCACCUCAAGUUUUUUUUAAAAAAUUUUACCACCUAGUUUUUUCCAACAGUUUUCAAAUUCCCACCUUUUUGCCGCAUGACAUCAUCAUGGGACCCACACUUUCGUUUUCCCUCAUUCUUCCCUUGAUUUCCCCGUUCUUCUACUCCCUUCUUUCAAUUUCAUCUCUGAAAUUUGAUUUCAAAUACAAAAAUUUCGCAAAUUAGGUUAUAAUUUCAACAAUCUAACCUACAACGAACUAAAUUGAGUAGUUUAAUUAGGGUUUGGGUAAUCAAUUUGGGGGUUUUGCUAAAUUCGAAAAAUUAGGGUUUAUGAAUUCAUUAAUUGGAUGAAUAACUGGACAAUAUUUUGAAUUGAGCAAAAACCCCCAAAUUGAUUACCCAAACCCUAAUUAAACUACUUAAUUCAGUUCGUUGUAGGUUAGAUUGUAUCAAUUAUAACCUAAUUUGCGAAAUUUUUGUAUUUGAAAUCAAAUUUAAAGAUGAAUUUGGAAGGAAAUCGUGGGAAGAAAGAGGGAAAUCGAGGGAAGAGGGAGGGAAAAUGAAAGUGUGGGCCCAUGCUGACGUCAUGUUACACAAAAGGUGGGAAUUUGAAAACUUUUGGGAAAAACUAGGUGGUAAAUUUUUUUUUUUUUUUAAAAAAAAACUUAAGGUGGUAUUUUCAAUUUUGACAACAAUAGUUGGUGGUAAUUAUCAAAUUUUCCUUAUAUUUGUGUGAAAAUAGUUUUAGAUAGAGAAAAUUUUGAUAUUUGAAUAUUUUAAAGUGAUUUGACAUCAAAUUAUUGGUAAAAUAGAUUUCAAAAAAAAAAAAAUUGUAAAACUCAUUUAAUAAUUAUCUUUUACCUUUUUUUAAAGUUGUUUCUCAUAAAAUACCGUGUUCUUUAUAUUUUAAUGAUUUCUAAAUUCAUGAUGUUCUUUGUAAUAAUUAUGUACUAUGUUCUUUCCGCUUUAAUCUGGGUGUGCCAUGCACAUGGUACACUUAGGUGUACAAACCACCAAUUGCUUUAUUUAGUUAAUGUAAUGUUCAUUUUUUUUUUUUUGAGGGAUUGCAUGCUUAACUAAACAAAAAUAUUAACUACCCCACUCACACUCAAUUAUUAUGUUUUAUUAAAACUACUUGCAUAUAGGCGAUAAAUGUAUUAGAUGUUUGGUAGUUGUGCAAUAUUCAAAAUUUUAGUUGAGCUAUUUUGAUUUAGUGACUGAAUUGUGAAAUAAAAUAUAAAAACAAAAAGAAAUGGAGAUAGUAAUAAAUGUUUUUAAAUAUUGAAAUAAACAUAACUUUUUAAAUCAAUUUAGGAAAUUCAAGAGAUAAUUUUAAGGCUUUUGAAAUCAAUAAAUGGGAGCAAAUAUAUAAAUGAACAUUUUUAGGGAAAUAUUAUCCAUGCACUAUUCAUAAGAGUUUUGUUAAACAUUUUAUACGGUACUGUAGUAAAAAACAAUUAAGAUGAGCUUAAGACAUCUCAUUUUUAAAACAAGUUGAUUGGAUAAGCACUGUAUAAUAGUAAGGGGCCGUUUGGUUGGGGGUAAUAAUCAAAGGGAAAGGGAAUGAACAUGCCCCAUUCCCUUUGUUGUUGUUUGUUUGUUACUAUCAAUCAUUCCCUUUACCCUCUUUCAUUAUUAACGUUACCCAUUUUUCCUCUAAAGUGAUUCCCCACCCCCCCUAGACUUUUCCAUUCCCUUUCCCUAGCCACCAUACCUACCACCAUAUCCACCCUAGCUAGCAACCUUCUACAGCACAACCACCACUCAGCCACCACGCCACCCCUCCCCCAGCCAGCGCCGCCCCUCUGCCGGCAAGCGCCACAUCUCCCGCAAGCGCCGCAUCUCCUACACCCUUCACUGGAACACCGCGCACCUCCCCCACCCACCCCUUACCCCCGGAAACAUCUCCCCUCUUCGAAAAAAGGUCCCCCCACCCUCGAAUAACCCUAAAAAACCCUCCCCCUUCCCUUAAAACCGUCGGCCGUCCCUCCCCCCACCCUCAAAACCCUAGCCGCUAGGAAGGAGGGUGAGGGGCGACGAGGUCGGAGGAAGGAGGUUGAGGGGCGGCAAGGUGGUGGUUGAACUGUAGGAUGGUUGGGAAUUGAAGAAAAAGAGUGUUGCUAUGGUGGUGCUAUGGUGGAUGUUGUGGUGCUAUGGUGGAGGUGAUUCCCUUGUAUUUUUUAUAAAACAAACAACAUGCUAAAUGGAAAGGGAUUCAUUCCAUUCUCUUUCAUACCCUUUCUCCAUUCCAUUCCGAUUCCACUGUGCGAACCAAACGGCCCCUAAUUACUUUUGGAUAAUUAGCAAAUGUUUAUACUUUAUAGUAGGCAUUUAAUUUGAUAGUAGAGAAUUGAUGGAGGAUAUUGCCGAAGGUUACAUUAAUUUGUUGCUAAACAUUUCCUUCUUACAGGAAGUGAAAAGGGACGAACUUGGAGAUAUAGCAUUGUACAGUAUGCAUGACCUAGCAACAUCAGUUUCUAGGCACGAGACAUUAUUAUUGGAACAAGGCAAACAACUGAAAACCCCCCUAUUUGAUGUUCGACAUGUGGCUAUAUAUGGACGCGUGGAAGGGCCUUCAGUUUUUUGGGAAAAAUCAGUUGUUGAAAAUUUACGAUCACUAGACAUCAAUGCGAGUUUACCUAGAGGAUUAUUGGAGUAUGUCAAGUAUUUACGUGUGUUAGAAUUAUACAAGGUAGGUCUAGAAGAUGUUCCAAAAUCUGUUGCUGGAUUGAAGUGUUUGAAGUACCUUUUUUUGAGAAGUAUUCCAAUUAAGAAUAAUCCAAGUUCCAGCAGGGAUGAUUGAGCAGCUAUGUGGGUAAGAGAUGGGGGAUUCCAGAUUUCUGAAUUGGGAUAUUUGCCUCACGUGAGUGGCUCUUUAGAUAUCCACGGCCUUGAAGUAAUCAAGAGCAAACAAGAUGCUGAAACUGCACGUAUGUCAGAGAAGUCAAGACUUGACAAGUUGUGGCUAAACUGGAAGAGUGACGACAACUGGGUAAAGCAUGCGGAGGUGUUGGAUGGCUUGAAGCCAAACCAUAAUUUGAGAUUUCUGAAAAUUGAGAGGUAUGGGGGUGAGAAAUUUCCAUCUUGGAUAAUGAGAAUGGAUGCAGUCUACAGCCAGAUAAAGAUAAUCAAGCUUAUUAAUUGUCGAAGGUGCCAAAAAUUGCCAACAUUGUGGAACCUGCCUUAUCUUCAAGGGCUUGAGAUCACAAAUAUGGAUAGCUUGGAGCACAUAGGUGCAGAGAUGCUAACUGAGGAUGCAAGUAGCAGUUCCAACUUUCCGAGUUUGAAAAAACUUCAACUAUGUGGGCUUCAGAAUUUAAGAGAAUGGGGUGAACCGUGCUCUAGGGUGAGGUCAUCAAGGACUUUCUUUCCUUCCCUGGAAGAAUUAAUUAUGGAAGACUGCCCUGAAUUGACGACAACUCCAACUAAUUUCCCCUCUCUUACAAAGCUAACUGUUACAAACAACACUUCCGGUCUCCCGGUGUUAUGCAUACUUGACAAUGAAAGCAGUCUCGCUUGUCUGAAGAAUCUUCAUAUCGAAAAGGUGGUGGAGCUCACAAGUUUAUCUCAUAAGUUGACAGAAUAUUGCACAUCUCUUCAAGAAUUGAAAAUAACUAAUUGUUCCAGCUUGGAGUCUCUACCCAACCUCAGUGGUUUAGCUUCGUUGCGUUGUCUUGAUAUCUACUGGAGUCUAAAGUAUCCUCUGGAGGGUCUAACGUGUUGUAAGUCGUUGGAAGAAUUGGGGGUGUCAAUUGAUCCAAAAUUUGAGUUUACACUCCCUGACCUGACAGCAUUAACUCGUCUGCGAGUUCUCGAUGUACAAGGUAUGACCAAGAUGAUAUGUCAGUUGCCUGAUUGGAUAUACAGCCUUCCUUGUCUUCAAGAGCUACUUAUUGGGCACUAUUUACAGCUAGAUCAAUUUCCAGAUAUAAGUCCCCUUUUGAAAAUCACAUCUCUCAAAACUUUGUGGUUGUGUGGUUGGACAAAGCAAGAUGCGGAUAUUAGUCUUCCAGAACAACUUCAACACUUUAAGACGCUGCAAGUACUGCAUAUUGGUAAAUUUGAGAAUCUGGAAAGUCUUCCGGAUUGGAUCGGAAACCUUUCAUCUCUCCAGUAUUUGGCCUUUGCUUGGUGCACCAAGUUGAAGAAACUAGCGGCAACGGAUGCCAUGAAGCGACUCACCAGAUUAAGCUACUUGUAUGUUACAGAAUGUCCCCUGCUGGAGGAAGCCAUCAAGAUCAAUGGCACAGAGCAUCACAAGAUUUCCCACAUUAAGGUUGUCACCGAAUGAAUUUGGCAAUCUUUGCAAUUUAUAAAUUAUUUUUCAUGUAAAAUUUCACAUCUUGUAUUUUAACAUUUAAUUGCUUCUUUCUAUCAAUUAUUCAACAUUUAUCAUUCCACAA